AUGAGUUCGAUUGCCAAAGAGAUCCAACCUAUGAUUGAAAGUAAUCCAGACAUGCUAAUUCAUGCAAUCCAAAGUCAACUGCUUCGGAAGCAUCAACUAGAAAUGUCACUACAUAAGGUCUUCAGAGCCAAUAGGAUAGCAGCUACGAGGAUUUAUGGUGAUUACCAAGAACAGUAUGGUCUGCUAAGGUCAUACUGUGAUGAACUUCUAAAAGCCAACCCAGGUAGUACAAUUAAAAUUGAUGUGGAGCCAUGUGGGAACUCAGGUAGUCCUACAAGCCAGUUUCGAAGGGUUUAUGUUUGUUUUGCCUCUAUGAUGAGAGGAUUUAAGAUGAUUGGAAGACCAUUGCUGGGUGUGGAUGGUUUUUUCAUGAAAGGUCCAUUUCCUGGACAGAUCUUGAGUGUUGUUAGUAUAGAUGGGAAUAAUAGCAUAUAUCCAGUUUGUUAUGCCCUUGUUGAGGCAGAAACAACCCAAAGCUGGAAAUGGUUUUUGCAACUGUUGAGAGAUGACCUAGGGUGUACGGCUGAGUCUUGUUUCACCUUCAUCAGUGACAGACAAAAGGGUCUGAUUCCAGUUAUGCUAGCUGUUUUUCCUAAUGGUGAGCACAGAUUUUGUUUGAGGCACAUCCAUGAGAACAUGAAAUCCAAGUGGCGUGGAGAUCUUUACAAGAAUUUGCUUUGGUCAGCCGGAAGGAAGACAUAUAUUCCAUAUUUUAACAAAGCUAUGGAAGAAAUUAAGACAACAGAACGAGCUAUGUAUGACUGGCUGAAUGAGAUCCCAUACACAGAUUGGUCAAGAGCAUAUUUUUCUGGAAGAGCUAAUUGUGAUAUGUUGCUAAACAACAUAUGUGAGGUUUUUAACAGACAAAUCAAAGGAGCAAGGGACAAGCUGAUUAUCACAUGCCUAGAAUUCAUUAGGGAGUACAUGACCAAGAGGAUAGUGAAUGUCAAGAAAUUGCAAGCAAAGUGUAUGGGGCCACUAACACCUCAUGCCACUGAGGUCUUCGAUGAGAUCAAGAAACAGGCUGCUGAAAUGUCUGUUUUAAUGGUUGAUUCAAACAAGUAUCAAGAUGCAUUGAUGCUGGCAUACCAGAAGAGUGGGUUUCAGAAGAGUGGGAUGCCUUGCAAACAUGCAGUUGCAACCAUAUGGGAUAUGUCAAGGAAUAGCAUUGAUGCUGGCAUACCAGAAGAGUGGGUUUCUGAUGUGUAUUGGUUGUCAACAUGGAAGAAAGUUUAUGAAAAUGUGAUAGAGCCAAUCAACGGGCCGGACAUGUGGACUCCUUCAAAGUGUCCAACAACACUCAUCCCACCAAAGCAUCAUACACAAGUUGGAAGGCCAAAGAAGAAACGAAGGAAGGCAUUUGGUGAAAAAGAGCUUGAGCAAGAGUUCGACAAAGGAGGUAAAUGA